UUCCAAAAUCGUCGAGCGAAAUGGCGCAAGACAGAGAAAUGUUGGGGCCGGUCGACAAUCAUGGCGGAGUAUGGUCUCUACGGCGCGAUGGUCCGGCACUCCCUGCCACUCCCGGAGACCAUCCUCAAGAGUGCGAAAGACAAUGACAAUGUGGCGCCCUGGCUUCUUGGCAUGCACCGCAAGUCGUUGGAGGCGGCGCAGCACCUCAAGGAGUCGGGGUCGGAGCGUGAGGGGUCGGAAGCGGAGCCCGAGCGCGCGCCCUCCGCCUCCCCACACCGACAUGAUGGCCAUGAUAACCAGUUCGGUCAAGCGCAAAGCUCUCCCGGCAGCAGCACGACAGCUUCCUCCUCAGCCAAAGGCCGCGCGUCACCCGAACCCCGUGAAAUGUACGACGACCCUGAAGCGUUCAGGAACAAUAGCAUCGCGUGUCUGCGGGCCAAGGCUCAGGAGCACCAGGCGAGGCUGCUGUCCAAUAACCUGUUGCUACAAGUGCGAGGCCUGCAGCGGUCCCGCGCCGCGAGCGCGGACGAGGACGGGCCGGCGGACAUCGACGUGGGCACGGAGCCGCCGCCGCUCGACGCGCGCCUCUACUGAGCCCGAGUCCGGCCCUGUGCUUUGUAAUUAUGUACAUUACGUGCCCCGGCUUUUCGUGCAAUACCAUAGUUAAGUAUUUAUCUGUUUAGCGGUUUAGAUACGGGCCGGCUGAUGUGUUCGUUUUUGUAAGGUA